AAUUUUUUUUCGCCGAAAAUUAGCUAAUUAACUCAUUAUUAUCGUCGCCUCUCCUUUCGAACGCAGAGGCAUCAACCCCAGAAGAACAAAUUCCCAGAAGGGCAGCGAAAGGGCGAGGAAGUCAAAACCAUGGAGAGAUCAUCAUCAAUGAGUCUUGGUUUGGUCUUGUUAGGCUGCUCGGUGAUGGCGACGAUGUUGAUGGGAUCGACGAGCGCAGUGCUUCACGUCGUCGGGGGUCGUCAAGGAUGGGACGUGCCCGAUAAUGUCACCUUCUACCAAGAUUGGGCCAGACCUAGGACCUUCGGCGUCGGCGACCAACUCAUUUUCCCAUACAGGCCAGGCUCCAACAACUUGCUGGUAGUCAAGAAGAAGGCCUACGAGACAUGCGACAUGAGCGACCCCAUCAAGAUGUACUACAUGGGCCCCACCAUCCUCAACCUCGCUGCCGUCGGCGACUACUACUACGUCUCCUCCUCCGGCAGGCACUGCGAGCACGGCCAGAGGCUCCACGUCACCGUCGGGAACGCCCCGGGCUCAUCCGGGGUCAAAUUCCCCAUCAAGCUCAACUGAGCAGCCCCUGCUCCUGCUCCCGUGCUCGUCCGCCGGCACCGCCGAGAAGGUUAAGGGCGGUUCCCGGCAUUUUGUCGACCAUCUGGCCUUUGAUGGUAGAGAGAUCCUAUUAAUAUUUGCCAUUGCUAAUAUUGGCACAAAUAAUAAAGCUUGUGGGUCUAAUAAGAUGCUUGUAGCUUUCUUCCUGGUCAGGAAGAAAUUAAUCCA